AUGCCUUCUUGGGCGCCUUUGAACGACGAGCAGCUCGAAGCGCGGCGACGAGUGCAAGUCAAUGCCGAGACGGUCCUCGACACUGCUUCAACCGACAUUCCUGGCCACUGGGGCCCUCAUCAAGACGAUUCCUGGAAUUUGGCUCGCUUCAAGUCAAAUCUCAAGGUGAAAUUCCACCAGAACGAGCCAUUCCACGCCACGUUUUCCCUCAUUGGACUCGACGCCAGCAUUGCGAAUGCCUUUCGCCGCAUCCUCCUCGCCGAACUUCCAACCCUUGCGAUCGAAGAUGUCUUCAUGUUCGACAAUACUAGCAUCAUCCAGGACGAAGUCCUUGCCCACCGAUUAGGUCUGAUCCCGCUGACCGCCGGUCACGAGGGUCUGCGGUGGAUGCGAUGGUAWCGCAAGCCUCCACCAAAGGACGACUACGCCGCUCAAGCAGCAUGGGAAGCGGAACAGGAGGACGAGCAUACCGACAAGUCCGCGAGUGUACCCAGCGACUACAACACCGUCGUCAUGUCCUUGAACGUGGAGUGCCGAUGGGCUACGGAAGCAGAGGAUGGGAGGGAUGGGAAACAGCUUGCAAAGGACGGUAGCACAGAUCCGAAAGAGAAGUACGUCAACAGCAGCGUCUACGCUCACCAGAUGGUCUUUGAACCGCAGGGCGCACACCAGCAGAAGCUUUUUGCAGGAKAGAAUGCCGUGAAGCCUGUGAACCCGGACAUUUUGAUUGCCAAACUCCGUCCUGGCCAGAGAAUCAACCUGCGCGUGCACUGCAUCAAGGGAAUUGGUGCCGACCAUGCCAAGUUCUCCCCAGUGGCUACGGCCUCAUAUCGUCUUUUACCGGACAUUCGCAUCAAGGAGCCCAUUACCGGCAUCGAUGCGGAGAACUUCAAGAAGUGCUUUCCGAGAGGAGUUAUCGGACUGGAAGACGAUGCAUCUUCGGGGCAGAAGAAAGCUGUUGUUUUGGACCCAAUGAAGGACACCGUAAGCAGAGAAUGCUUACGAUAUGACGAGUUCAAGAAUAAGGUGCAGCUUGGGAGAAUCAGGGAUCACUUCAUCUUCGAUGUUGAGAGCUCAGGUCAGUUUGAGAGCCAGGAGCUGUUCCUGGAUUCGGUGAGGCUGUUGAAGAGCAAAGCGCAGCGAUUCAAGCGGCAUUUGGCAGACUUGGAGGAUGGCCGGUGA